AUGACAGCCAUUGAUACCAUCCCAAGUGUGACGGCGGUGCCGCUCCCUCUCACAACAACGUUCACUCCGCCAGAGGGUUGUACCUCCGAGCUCUGGGUGCUUCAGGGUCGCUGGAAUGGCAACUUCACCCAAUACAUAAACUUUGGCCCUGACAAUACCGCAAAAUGCAUGCCGUCGGGUUGGACAACACAAUCAUAUUUUUCACCCGGGCUCGCCUGUCCCGAGGGCUACUCGACUGGAAGAAACUUCGUGGCGGGUGGCGAAACGAGAGCAACAUGCUGCCCUGUCUAUACCGGGAACAAUUGGGAAUUCGUCCAACGUGUCACUGACGAUAAUUGGAGACCUUGGCACAGUAUCGAAGCGUGUUAUUACAACUAUACCACGGACGUUUCCAAUCUAGUUCUCACUCAAACAAACCUCGAAAUCACGUCAACUGGGACCCAGGUUGCCGAUAUGACCGGAGGUGUGGAUGGAAUCAAUGCAUAUGGGGUACAACUGAGAUGGAGGGCGACUGAUCUUACUACUGCCGCACCGACAUUUGGUUCAGGAAUCACAUCAGCCACGGCAGCCACGCAGACAAGAGAAACAAUAUUGGGGGGAUCAUCCGAUUCAUCCGGCCUGUCCACGGGUGCGAGGGUCGGCGUCGGGGUUGGUUGUGCGGUCGCUGGUAUCCUUCUCAUCCUUGUCGCCAUAUUAUUCUUCCUCCGCUCGCGAAGAGGUAAGGGAGUAGAGUCGGGCUUCAUAAACGCGAAUGAAGGUGGCCAAAACUUUCGAGGCCCGGCGGAACUCCCUGCUUCAUCCGAAACGGCCCAGGAGGUGGACUCCAGGCCUGUGCCUGAGAGGAAGACAGAUUAUAAUACUCCACAUUCACAAGCGUCAAACCCAACACAGGUUCAAGUGUUUGUGGAGCUGCCAGGCUCCCCAGUUAGGUCUAGCACUAACACUGGGGCAAGAUGA